GCUCGGGUGACAUGGUUGCCGCUAUGAAAUGUCAUGUUACGGUUCAUCCCAUCGCCUGCUGCCUGCUGCAACUGACAGAACUCGUUCGCGGACCUGCAUAAGAGACCAAAAAAACCAGGUUAGCAGCACAGCAAAGGGUUCUCUCGUUGCUUUUCUUAGCCUCGGCGAAUCGAAGACAGUCUAGACGGAUGGGUUGUCAAAACAACGUGGACUCGGUAGCAGCCGGGGCUUGUUUGUUUAAGCUCUAGUCUUGGUGGCCGUGGCGGAGCUAGGCAGCACGACUUGUCCCCCCACAUACCAGGGAUCCGUUUGUUUGGGCCACCAUGUCGGGCGUUGUUGAGAUCAUCGGCGCGGUCGCCGCCGGCGUCCAGAUCACGGCCCAGAUCGUCCGCAUCUUCCGCACGGCCCGCAACGCCCUUCGCCAGGUUGAGCGCCUCCACCGCCUCCUCGAGGAGCUCGAGGGCAACCGGGAGCUGCUGAACGCGCUCUCCACAAAGGAAGGGGAGCGGAGCGCCAGGGCGAUUUAUGACCUGAUCAACAACUGCCGCGACCUGAUCGAGGAAAAGGCGGGCGCGAAGAUGGCCCCGAUAGACAAGGCGAGGAAUUUCUUCUGGCCUGCCGAGAACGAGGAGUACCUCCGUAAGCACAUUGACGAGAUACGGCAGGAGAUCAUCAGCCUGGGCAUCUGGCUCAACUUCGGAUUAGGCAAGGGGGCACAAAGCCUGGUGCCCGUCGCAGAUUUGAUUUCUGGGCCGCCACGGGGUCUGAAUGAUACACUUUUCAGCGACGGCACAACCAUUGUGUCCAGUCCAACUAUUGGCCUUGGGGUUGUGGCCUCUCCUCAAGCCUCAGUAGCCCCGUCGAGUCCAGUCGUGUCGGGAGGACGAGCGCCUAGGAGGUCGACGACUUACUCGGGACCCACCGACUUGCCUACUGUCCUCACUCUUCAGCGCAGCGACGGGAAGCAAUUCGUGGCCCCCAUGGCCUUGGACCGGCUCAGCAUCAUGGAGCGUGACGAGUCCAUCCGCACGAUCGAGUACGAAGCGACAGGGGGUUCGAAAACCGGCCCGCUCCGAAUCACCCACCGAAUACCCCGCGGCACCAUCCGGAUAGAGGACAACGACCUCAACGACCUGUGUGUCUGCUUCCUCGACGCCCAUGUCAUCACCAUCCAAAACUCCGAAGGAUACCGGAUCCACAGGAUCCAUGCCGAGUACAGCUUCCGGUCGGUCGAGUCUCGCGAGAGGUUUCUUUUAAAAGUCCGGGAGCGUGAGCUGCUGGGUCGGUUCACGGCCAAAUGCAUCCGCAAGGGAAACGGCCAGCAGAUCCUGGCCCAGUCCAAGGUGGUUCGACUGUGGCGGAAGCUGCAGGAAGAGGGACACGCAGGAGUCAGACGGAGAAUGACGCAUGUGACGGUCUCGUUUCUGGGGAGAGACGAGAAGCAGUACGAGGUGCCGCUGGCCGACUUUCACCGCCAGCCGCACCAACAAGGGAACGUAAUAACGCUUAUAAGCAAAGCAGACAGGGGCUCAGACGGCCUGCACCUGGAAUUCUACCCGGCUCCCAGGUCUCCGGUCCCAAGCAGAGAAAGACAAAAGUCGAGCUGGAGGCCGUUCGGCAGCAGCACAUCCCCGCCGAGUUCGCCCACCCUGACCACGCCUGCCCAGUCGGAUGCCGACCGGUUCAAGGCGGUCUUCAUGGAGAACCACCCUUCCACAGUGACCUGGACGCCGCUGCCGCCCAUCAACGUCGACGAGACCGACUCGCUGAGCAAAGAUGCCCACAUCCAGGUCUUCAGCGCCCCAAACUGGGGGGCUCUGAGCUCGAGCGCUAGCAGCACGGCCGCCACCGCCUCCUCGGGCUCGAGCAACAUCACCAGCUACACCAUUGCCUCUUCGCGCCACAACAAGGAUGUGGACGCUUACUCGACGUCGCCGGGCAGUCGAGGAUUUCUUGCCGAGUUUGAGAACGCGCUCGAGCUGCGCCUCGGUUCAGAGAAGCAAGAGUUGAGGAGAGCCUGUGAUAGUGAUCGGAGAUAA